AGGUGUGUCGUCCAAGUGUGGUGAUUGACAGCGAACCCCGCUUCGCAUCAACAGGAGGCUUCGUUACUGACACAACAACACGUUGAUCUGAUUACCUGCUAACGCACGUGGCGGAUUAUGGCGUGAGCUCCCGCGUCCGUGAGCCGCGCGCUCCGUUGUGCGUGACCCUCCAUCAGAGGUGCUGCCGGCAGGACUUUCACAACUGCUACCGAACCCCGAAGAACAAAAUGAGCCUCGAACCGAGCCCGUCUCCGUCCCGAUGGAUCAGAGUACCGCAGAGGACUAGGCUGGGGGAGCCCUGCCUGAAGACGGACCCCCUUGAGUGUGUUGAUCUGCUGAGCAGGGCGAGAGUGGCCUUUCGAGCAGGACGGACCAUGAUGGAGGUCUUCAGGCUGGCUCAGCUGGAGGCCGUUGUGCGGAUGCUUGAGGAACAUGAGUGUGACUUUGUGGAUGCUCUUGGAAGGGACCUCCAUAAGCCAAGGUUUGAGACAGUUGUGUCAGAACUGAUUCUGGUGAAGAAUGAGGCCCUUCAUGCCAUCAACAACCUUAAGAAGUGGAUGCAGCCGCAGCACGUCGAAAGAAACCUGUCCACCACGUUGGACGAGUGUCUUGUAUUCAGUGAGCCGCUGGGGGUGGUGUUGAUCGUGGGGACCUGGUGCAAUCCAGUCCAAACCUGUCUGGUGCCACUGGUAGGGGCCAUCGCUGCAGGAAACUGUGCUCUCAUCAGCCCCUGUGAGUGCACCGCUCACACGGCGGAGCUCCUUCAUCGUCUCAUUCCCUUCUACUUGGACAAUGAAUGUUUCCACGGGAUCCGGUCGGGCACACAUCUCUUGCCAGAAGUUGUGGAACUUAAUUUUGACCAUGUUUUCUUUACAGGCGACAGGGAGGAGGGAUGCCGAAUUGCUACGGCUGCAGCUCGCACACUCACACCUGUCACCUUGGUUUUGGGCGGCAAGAACCCCUGUUAUGUAGACCAACACUGUGACAUUUCUACCACCGCACAACGCGUUGCUUGGGCCCGUUUUCACAACGCUGGACAGAGCUUGGUGGCUCCUGACUACAUCUUGUGCCACGCGGAUGUCCAAGCACGGCUGUUGCAGGCCCUGAAGUGCUGCUUGAUGCAGUUCUACGGCCCCGAUCCCAGAGAGUCGCGCAGUUAUGGCCGCAUGGUCAAUCUGGAGAUCUUCAACCGUACAAGAGACCUGCUGUGGAGAUCUGGCAAGGUGGCUGUGGGAGGCCAAGUGAUAGAAGCAGAAAAAUACAUUGCGCCAACAAUCUUGACGGAGGUAGCAGAAUCGGAUCCCAUCAUGCAUCAGGACAUUUAUGGGCCAGUUAUCCCUGUUCUGACUGUAAACAACAUUGAGGAAGCAAUUGCCUUCAUUAACAAGAAAGAGAAACCCCUCUGUGUGUAUGCAUAUUCCACCAAUAGCAAGGUAAUCUCAAGGCUAAUGAGUGAGACCUCCAGUGGAAGCUUCUGCGCCAAUGACAGCAUCCUGCAGAGUCUCAUGGUGGCUCUACCAUUUGGUGGAGUUGGUUCCAGUGGGAUGGGUUCCUACCAUGGCCGCCAAAGCUUUGAUACCUUCUCUCACAGGAAGUCAUGCCUACUAAGAGGCACACGGUUUGAGUGUGUAACCUAUCUGCGUUACCCACCCUAUGCGGACCACAAUCUGUCUCUAAUGACCUGGGCCAAUACCCUGUCUCAGAAGAGCCAGGGCUGGUGCCAGAUCCUGUGACUGUGCAAGAUGUCUGAAGACUGCAGAGUGGCCCUUUUUCUAAGUCCUGACGUGCAGAUUUAUUGUAUUAAAAAUACAUGUAAACAACCUACUGGGUUGCAGCUGCAUCUAACCGAGGGAAGAGUAAUAUAAAUGUUGACUAUUCAAAACCUGGGUGACAACAAUA